CUGCCUCCAAGUACAAGUUAACGAAUAAAUUUAACUUUGGAUUAGAGAGGGCAAGAUGUUCGAGUGUAGAGAGGCAUAUGCAUGAUUCCAAGGAAGCUCAGUCCUGCAAGCAAUUCCAGUUUAUAAAUUACACACGGUCCUCAAUUAAUUAAUUACAAGAUCAUCUCCUCCCUAAGAGAUGUUGGAGGCCAGCUUCACCGGCAAAUACGAGACCGACGCCAAGGCUGGCAAAGGCAGCACCACGCUCUCCGUCGGCACCAACGUCGGCGAGGCCAAACUCAAAGCUUUGGCCACCAUCGCCCUGGAGGCUGCCGACUACUCGCCCCCUAGCUUCGCCUUCUCUCUCUCGAAGCCCGACUCCUUCUCCAUCCGCUACUCCCCCGAAAAAAAGGACGGCGAUCCGCCGAACUUGAGGUUCAAGUUCAUGAACUCCAUGAACGUGAUGGGGGGGAGGGUGAACAUGGCGUACCACCACGCGGUGCAGGAGAGGAAGACGAAGGUGAAAAGUUUGGUGGAGUUCAACGACGAGCACAAGAUGGCGGUGAAGCACCUGGUGGGUACCAAGGACUGCGAGCUGAGGUACAAGUUCGCGCCCCGUCGGUUUACGGUGGUGGAGCCGUCAUACAAGCUCGCGAGCAGAGAGUGGGCGGUGGCCUUGUCGAGGAGCUUCGAAAGCGGCGACGUGCUGAAGGGGAGCUUCGACGUAAAGAACAGAAAGGUGGGGUUAGAGUGGAGCAGGACCUCCAAGGAGAGAGGAACCUUCAAGAUCUCUGGGUCACUGGUCAAGAAGGACAAUGAAAUAAAACCGCAGCUUAUGGCACAAACUACAUGGAGUUGCAGUCUUUGACGUCUAUUUUAAGUUGUUUCAAUUAAUGGAAUAUCAUUAAAAUCGAUAUUUUAUCAAAAGACGCAGGUAGAGUAUGUUUUUUUUUAUCGAAAGACGUAUUAUACUUUUUUUUAAGUACUAAAAGACAUAUUACA